AUGCGGGCCCGCGGCGCCCUGGCCACCGACAUCGUCAUCCUGGUGGUGGCCGCCGACGACGGCGUCAUGAACCAGACGGUGGAGUCGAUCCGGCACGCCAAGCGGGCGGGAGGAUCGUGGCGGUCAACAAAUGCGACAAAGCUCACGCCGAACCCCAGCGGGUCAAACGGGAGCUGCUGGCUCACGACGUGGUUUGCGAGGACUUCGGAGGGGACGUCCAGGCCGUCCACAUCUCCGCCCUCAAGUCCCGUGACGACGGCGCUGGUCCAGCGGGGGGCGCUGCGGCGAGGCUGCGUGCUGGUCGCGGGCAAGACGUGGGCCAAAGUCCGCUUCCUGUCGGACGAGCGCGGCCGGGCGGUGGAGGAGGCGGGCCCCGGCGUGGCCGUGGAGGUGGUCGGCUGGAAGGACGCGCCCUCCGCCGGCGACGUCAUCCUGGAAGUGGAGUCGGAGCAGCGCGCCAGGGAGGUGUCGGCGUGGCGCAGUCACGAGGAGGACUCGGAGCGGCUGCGGGCCGAGGAGAGCGCCGUGCGGGCCCAGCGGGAGCGGCACCGCGCCGCCUACAGGAAGGAGAGGGAGGCGCUGGCGCACCUCAGCUGGCGCCAGAGGAAGUCGCUCCUCUACCGCAACAACAAGACGGCGUUCGCCAGCCGGCUCGCCGAGAAGACGCCGUCGGGCGCGUCCGCCGGCUUGCCGCUCGUCAUCAAAGGUACGCGCCGCCGUCCGAGUUGCGGAGGCGCGAGUCCGACGCGCUCCGUGUCCCGAAUCGUCGACCCGCAUCCAUUAAUCCGUCCCGGCCAGAAAGCUACAAAGUCAAAACAUUCAAUGAUGACAUCAUUAAAGCCAACUGAGAAGAACUCAACGGUUUUUGUCACACGUCAACGUAAAGCUGCUGCUCCCGGGUCGCCCGGCGGCAGUUUACCACCGACCGAGGGAUCUCGCGGUCACGAUGGCGCCGUUUUGAGCCCGAGGCGGGACACGGCCGGCUGCAAAACCAUCAUCGGGUCUCUGUGCGGGAUGUCUCGAUUUCUCGGCCAGCUCAUCAAUACGGCGCUAAUGUCGGUUUUGUGGCUUGUUUGUGUUUUGGCCACCAGCGGAUGUGGAUGGCUCGUUGGAGGCCAUCUUGACCAUCUUGGACACGUACGACGCCGACGAUCAAUGUCAGCUGGAGGUCAUCCACUUCGGGAUCGGCGACGUCUCCGAAAACGACCUCAACAUGGCGGAAACAUUUGGAGGCAGCGUGUACGGCUUCAACGUGGCGGCCGGCAAGUCCAUCCUGCAGGCGGCCUCUCGGCGCGACGUCCCCGUCAGGCUGCACGACGUCAUCUACAAAAUGGUGGAGCAGCUCAAGGCCGAGAUCAGCGGCAAGCUGCCGCCGCUGAUCGCUUCCGACGCGCUGGGCGAAGCCACGGUUCUGGCCGUGUUCGACGUGUCGGCGGGCAAAAAGAAGACGGCGGUGGCCGGCUGCCGCGUGACUAAAGGUCAACUGGACCGCAGGAUGAAGUUUCGCUUGAUUCGCAACGGAGCCACGCUGUGGGAGGGCGGCCUGCUGGCGCUGAAGCAUCACAAAGACGACGUGAGCGCCGUGAGGUCGGGCAUGGAGUGCGGCCUGUCGGCGGACGGCGACGUCGACUUCCUGCCCGGUGAUGUCGUCCAGUGUUUACAGGAAGUGGAGGUGCCG